UAUAUAACAUGUUAUGCACUAAUAAACAACCAAGAUCAAUUCUCAAUCAUAGGAUAUGAAUUUUACUUUAAUUUAAUAAUAAUACCAUAUUGCUAGCUAAUGCAAGCAAAAGGACUUAUAUUCAUCCAAUAAGCAUACAUACAUAAAUAGUAGCCAUUUUUUGUUACAUAAAUAAACAUUGUAAAAAAAUGACAACUAUAGGUGUUUUCACAUUUCGACCAUUGUUCUAUAUACCCUUAAUUAAAUUCCAACCAUCAAUAACAAUUACCGAACUUCCCUCUCAUCCAAACCUCUCUUUCUUCUUCCUUCUCCAUAGUUCAAAUUCUUCCUUGAACCUCAAAAAAACUUAGGCACCUGAAAAAGAAAUGUCAAAGGCGGUGGUUUAUUCAAUAAUAGCCACCGCCACAUUAUUCUUCUUCAUAGUUCUUUCUCUAUGGAACCUUGAAGAAUCAAAAGGUAGCCUCAAUAGAAGGUUCGGUUACAAAAUAUUAGAAAGAGCCCCAAUUUUUGACCCUCUUGUGACAAAAAUUGAAAGAGAGAGACAACAAAAAAUUGAUGAUGAAAAAAAUAAUAUUAAUAAUGUUGUUCCUCGUACAAGUUUGGGAAGUACCACAUCGGUUAGUGAAGUUGCGGAGACAUAUCUAUAUUUAACAUCGGGUGGAAAAUUGAAUACAACUUUGAGGAUAAUCAUUUUGUUCCCUUUGUUGGAUAGAGAACCAAAAGAUGGGUUUGUUGCUUUCAAUGAGUUGGGAAGUUGGAUUAAUCAAAGGGCUUUGGAAAGAUUGGAUUAUGUGACACAUGCUGAAUUGGAAUCCAAGGAUAAGAAUGGUGAUUUGUCUAUUUCUUUAAGGGAGUAUCUACCAUACUUAUCUGAAAAAGAUAUAGAGAAAAAGGAAAUGGGGCAUGGAGAAGCAGGGUGGUGGAUAGAAAGAUUUGACAUUGCUGACUCUGAUCACAGUGGACUUCUUAACUUCACCGAGCUUAAAGAUUUUUUGCACCCAGAAGACAGCCAAAAUAAAGAAAUGUUGAAAUGGAUGGUCAGAGAUAGAAUUAAGCGUAUGGAUGAUCAUGAAACUGAUGGAAAAUUAAAUUUUAAUGAAUUUGAAGAUCAUUUGUAUAGUACAUAUGAAAGUUAUGUGGACUUUGAAACCAGUGGAGGGGAUGUACCUAGUGCAAAGGAUAAAUUUGCUGAUCUUGAUGUCAAUAAGGACCAAUUAUUGUCACCAGAAGAAUUACUACCUAUACUUCCUUACCUCUACCCUGGAGAAAUAGCUUAUGCUAAAUAUUACACAUGCUAUUUGAUGAAUGAGGGUGAUGAUAAUGAAGAUAAAAAGUUGUCCUUGGAGGAGAUGUUGAACCAUGAAUUUAUUUUCUAUAACACAGUUCAUGCAGAUGGUCAUGUGGAAAGUGAUGAUGAUCAUGAUGAGCUAUGAUAGCAUUAAUGUUUGACAUUAUAUAAAGAUAUAUAAAUGAAGUAGAAUAGUUUUUCCUCA